AUGUCGGCUGACACUGUCUCCACAGCUGUUGAUCUGGAUGAUGAGCCCUAUGACUCUGCCGAAGAUGAAGAUUUCCAGGUAGAGGGCGCGCAAGAUGAAUCCGACCUCUCCUCCGACGACAACGACGAUGAGCCCGCGAAGAAAAAGCGAAAGUCAAAUAAGAGAACAGAGAUCCCCGAUGAAGAUCUUGAUUCCGGGGAUGAAGCUACAAUUCGAAAAGCACGCGAGAAGCGAGAGAAAAAGCGGAAAGGAAAGAAAGGCAAAAAUGCGGCCAAAGAUGACCAGAUGGACAUCGACGACGAGGAAGGGGGCACAGGAGGAUUUGUGCGAACUCGUGCCAUGAAAAAACACAUACAAGAAGAGCGAGAGCGCAAACCACUAGCCCGAAUCGAUGGCGCAACGAUUGACGUGGAAUCCCUCUGGGAGCAGAUGAAUGCACCCGGGAAUCAGCUGGGCUUGCGACCGAACCAAAUUAAACGCGACAUUGAGCCAGCUCCAAAGCUCGAAAUCGCGACCACCGAUACGGAUAUGAAGGAGCAGGCGGCUGCAGAACCGGAGAAGGACUCGCGCCAUGCGCCCGGCGAGCAGAUGAUCAAGAUCAAGCGUACCUACAAAUUUGCCGGCGAGAUGAUCACCGAAGAAAAGAUCGUACCGAAGGACUCGGCGGAAGCCAAGGCGUUUCUGUCGAGCGGGGAGAAUGUGGAAUACACCGAGGUGGAGGAUGCAAACGCGAAUGAAAAUCUGCGUCGCCCACUACGAAAGAUCUCACGGUUCGAUCCUAAUCCAACGGGCUCGAUCAAGAAGAGCUGGGAGAAGCAGGCUAUUGAAGCUGGUGAAAAUGCAACCGGCCCCAAGAUCAACACGGUUGAGAAGUCUCGUCUGGACUGGGCGCAGUAUGUUGAUCAUGCGGGUAUCAAAGAUGAACUGCGUGUUGCCAGCAAGGCCAAAGAAGGCUACAUGGGUCGUAUGGACUUCCUGGACCGUAUGGGAGCCAAACGGGACGAGGAGGCACGACAGGCCCGUAUCAAGGGCAUUUGA